AUGGAGGAAAAUCAAGAAAGAAAUGCAUCUGUGUUCCCAACUUCAUCAUCAAAGAUGAGCGACGGCUGGCUUGAUGGUUUACAUGGAAAAACAGCAGGAAAAUUACCAUGUCGAAAGCUCCUCCAACAAAUGGAAAGAUGCAGAAAUCUGGAUGACAUUAAAAACCAGAAAGGUAGAGCAUCAUCAAGAUCAAAGCUAUCCAAUUAUGAGUAA